CCGGCCGGGCGCCGCGGCCCUGGCAUGAGGAGCGGGCGAUGAUCCCGGCCAACGCCUCCGCCAGGAAGGGGCCCGAGGGCAAGUACCCGCUGCACUACCUCGUGUGGCACAACCGCCACCGCGAGCUGGAGAAGGAGGUCCGCGCCGGCCAGGUGGACAUCGAGCAGCUGGAUCCCCGCGGGCGGACCCCCCUGCACCUGGCCACCACACUGGGACACCUCGAGUGUGCCCGUGUGCUGCUCGCACACGGCGCAGAUGUGGGCAGGGAGAACCGCAGCGGCUGGACAGUGCUUCAGGAGGCUGUGAGCACCCGGGACCUGGAGCUGGUGCAGCUGGUGCUGCGGUACCGGGACUACCAGCGCGUGGUGAAGCGCUUGGCGGGCAUCCCUGUGCUCCUGGAGAAGUUGCGCAAGGCCCAGGACUUCUACGUGGAGAUGAAAUGGGAGUUCACUAGCUGGGUGCCCUUGGUGUCCAAGAUCUGCCCCAGUGACACGUACAAAGUGUGGAAGAGUGGGCAGAACCUACGGGUCGAUACCACGCUCUUGGGCUUUGACCACAUGACGUGGCAGCGAGGGAACCGCAGCUUCGUCUUCAGGGGCCAAGACACGAGCGCCGUGGUCAUGGAGAUUGACCAUGACCGCCGGGUGGUGUACACGGAGACCCUGGCCCUGGCCGGGCAGGACCGUGAGCUGCUGCUUGCUGCCGCCCAGCCCACCGAGGAGCAGGUGCUCAGCCGGCUCACGGCCCCCGUCGUCACCACACAGCUUGACACCAAGAACAUCUCCUUCGAGAGGAACAAGACUGGCAUCCUGGGCUGGCGCAGCGAGAAGACAGAGAUGGUGAACGGGUAUGAAGCCAAGGUGUAUGGGGCAUCCAACGUGGAGCUCAUCACCCGGACGCGGACGGAGCAUCUUUCAGAACAGCACAAGGGCAAGGUCAAAGGCUGUAAGACACCUCUGCAGUCCUUCCUGGGAAUUGCUGAGCAGCAUGGGGGCCCCCAAAAUGGGACCCUGAUCACUCAGACUCUGAGCCAAGCCAACCCCACUGCCAUCACUGCAGAAGAGUACUUCAACCCCAACUUUGAGCUUGGCAACCGGGACAUGGGCCGCCCCAUGGAACUCACCACCAAGACCCAGAAGUUCAAGGCCAAGCUGUGGCUGUGUGAGGAGCAUCCCCUGUCCCUGUGUGAGCAGGUGGCCCCCAUCAUUGACCUCAUGGCUGUCAGCAAUGCGCUUUUCGCCAAGCUCCGGGAUUUCAUUACCCUCCGCCUGCCGCCUGGUUUCCCAGUCAAGAUUGAAAUCCCAAUCUUCCACAUCCUCAACGCUCGCAUCACCUUCGGGAACCUCAAUGGCUGUGAUGAGCCCGUGCCGUCCGUGCGAGGCAGCCCCAGCAGUGAGACCCCUUCCCCAGGCAGCGACUCGUCCAGCGUCAGCAGCUCCAGUUCCACCACCUCGUGCCGUGGCUGCGAGAUCUCCCCCGCGUUGUUCGAGGCCCCACGUGGCUACAGUGUGCUGGGCGGCCAGCGGGAGGCGGCCACCCGCGACGACGACGAUGACCUGCUGCAGUUCGCCAUCCAGCAGAGCCUGCUAGAGGCGGGCAGUGAGUAUGACCAGGUCACUAUCUGGGAGGCGCUAACCAACAGCAAGCCAGGCACUCACCCCAUGUCCUACGAGGCUCGCCGACAGGACAGGAGCGCCCCGCCGACGCCGCAGCGCCAGCCCGGGCCCCCCGCCUCGGUGCCCAGCCCCCGGCCCAGCCCGCGCCCAGGCCCGGGCGGCCACGUGUUCCGGAGCUACGACGAGCAGCUGCGGCUGGCCAUGGAGUUGUCUGCGCAGGAGCAGGAGGAGCGGCGGCGGCGCGCGCGCCAGGAGGAGGAGGAGCUGGAGCGUAUCCUACGGCUCUCGCUGACCGAGCAGUAGCGCCCUCUGCAGGGCCCAUCGGCGCUGCCCCGCGUAACCCGCCGCGGAGCCGGACUCGCCUGGGCCUGCGUGCCCGCCCGGCUACGGCCGUAGACUGGAGCCAAGGCCUGCGGUCCGGAGAGGCGCCCCUGGCACAGGACCGGGAGGGCCUCGGCGCGUCCGCGGGAUGCCUGUCGCGGCCAGGGCCCGGGAGGCAGCUCGCACGCCCCGGUCCCCCCGCUUUGCUGUAUCCUGAUGCCCACCACUCUAUCUUGGGCUCAGACUUGUCCGAGGGGGCCAGGCCGUCCUGAAGGGGAGCCGGGUCCUCAGAGGAGCAGUGUCCCCCAACCCUCGCUCCUUCUGGCCGGUCCUCCUUUUCUGCUCACAGAACCCACUGUAGGACACUGUCCAUGAAGCCUUUGCAUCUCCGCUCUUCACCCCAGGGGGGCAGCUGAGCUCCCCACGUGCUGUGUUGCUGCUUUGUCCCAGACACAAAACAGCACGUCAAGGGCCCAGCUCCUCCUUCACCCCGGCAUUUCAGCGUCAAGUGCACUUAGCGGGGUGCCCGGCUUCCCCAGCCCCCCCCUUCCUGGGUCUCAGGGUGGUCCCAGUUUCUCCUUGGGUGGCCAGAGGUUGGCGUCCCCAUCCCCAAGGCACGCUUUUGUGAUCAGGGAGGGUGCCCAAGGUGGGCCCCCGGGCCUGGGCAAGGCCUGGUUCCUUCGUGAUGUCUUGGCAAAUGGGGGACAAUAUUUGCGCUGGGGGCAAGCACUAGACCCUGUCCCCUGGCCCUGCUUAUGGGCAGGUGCACCCUGAAGCCCUCUCACCGGCUCAGGGCCCUGGCACCACCACCCACCCCUUCCCACCAGCUGCUGCUAGCCCUCUGUGGUCGUGUGUCCCACCCGCCCCCAGCCAGGGGCUGACUCUCAAACCCUUCAUCCAAUGGUGCUAACCCCCGGCUCUCCCCUGCCCCACCCCACCCACCCAGAGAAGCACAGACCCCGCUAGGGGCAGGGGCCCACUGCACACCCUUGUCCGCCUUCUCUCAGGCUGGCCUUCCUGGCUCAGCCAGUGAGGCUCAGGAGGGACACAAAAGGGAUAGAAGAAAAGAACAAAGAGAAACUGUUCCUCUCACCUCCUUCCCUGAUGUCAGGGGCACCAGACUGACUCUGAGGCACAAAUAAAAGAGGCUUCAAACCCGA